AUGGCAAAUAUCGGUGCAAGAGGAAGAGGCAGAGGCGGAGGUAUAAAUAGAACUCCCGCCCCUGGAACUGUCCGAUCAACGAGAGACGACAACGGCGGUGUACAGGCCACCGGCGGUGUACACACUUACGAGACCACCUAUACCUCUACUUUCCGAACAAAUGGUAAUAGCAAUGAAAGCUCUCUCCCUGGAUCGGAAUUUGGAAGUUCCCCAAAUUUCUCACAAGAAGGUUUUGGCCAAUUUGGAAGUUUCCCCGAUAUGCCUCCCAUGCCGAGAUGCGCAUUCACAUCAAUGAAUAAUCUCAUGGAUCACUUCGGUGGCUCGGGAGGUUUCGGAGCGUUUGGGUCAUUUGGUGAUGACAUUCCUAACCCAUCAGAUGAAAUGAAUGUCUCAAGUGGUGGUAGUGGCGUUUCCCAAUCUCCUCAAUCUCAACCUGCUCAAGGUAAACACCAUGAGGACAAGACCAUGGCUAAUAAUACCACAUCUGGCUCUGAGACCGCCAGCGACGUGGCUGAAGGUACGCGAUCGAGGACCUUGAGUCCUGAAAAGGAGGCAAAGUCGUCAGAGCAAGGUCCCGCUUCUACUGCUGCUGCGACGGAGGCCUCAACAUCAGGCCGAUCUAUGCAGCCUACAGUCGAGGACGAUCUCGAAGACUGGGAGGAAUUAUGA